AUGGGAUCAAUAAAGCUGGUCGGCGGAAUCAUGACUCGGGUGUGCGUGUGUGAGCAUGAGAGCCCGAUGAAAUCUGAAAUGCAAAAAGCCUCCCCCUCCAGACUGGAUUCGCAACACCUUCAUAAUGGGGUUAAUAUCUGGACAAUUGUGUGGCGCCUUGCUCUUUCCGAACGUCUCAAAAUUUUCCUUUGGAAGUGUGUGAGAGGUAUUUUACCUGUCAAGCUCAAUCUCUGCUCUCGGCUCCACCAUCUCUCUCCCACCUGCCCCUUAUGCCUCUGCGAGGAUGAAAGCCUGGAGCAUCUUUUUUUUUCAUGUCCGGUCACUCAACCACUUUGGACUACUUCUACGUUUCGAAUUCCUACCCAGCCAUCAUGCUUUAAAACAUGGUUAUUGGAUGGGAUUAUCUGUUUGACUGCUUCCCCACAUGAGCAAGACCGAUUUUUCAACUACAUUGGCAUGCUCUGGGCUAUUUGGAAAUCUCGGAAUGCAACUGUCUUUUCUGGCGAGUCCUUCACACCUGGAAUAGCUCAGGCUCUCGCUACUGAUAAUGCUCUCUGGUUCAAACGCUCGUCCCUAUGGAAUACUAGUGCACUACGUCGUCCGGCCCAACCUUCGCCAAGGCUGCCACCCCCUCCAUCCUUUGUUAUUCAGCCCUACCCGCCAUUCAUCCUUUUGGAUCAACGGGUGGCUCAUAUCACCGUUGAUGGUGCGUGGAAAGAGGGAUCCUCAAAAAGUGGGUUGGGUUUUCAGGCAUAUGAUCCAAAUGGCAAUAUUAUUCAGCAAUGUUCCGUGUCUUGCUGCAGCUCAACCCCCCUCCAAACGGAACUUAUGGCCUUACUUCUGGCUGUUACAUGGGCUUUACAUCACCACUUUAACGUUAUUUUCCUCUACUCUGAUUGCUUAAAUGCCAUUUUGCAGCUAGCGGGCCGAUCUGAGCCCCAUUAUGCGGAUGUAUUUUUGUUGCACAACCUUCGGCAGGAACUCUCGAAGCUCGAUUUUUGCAGGUUAUCCAAGGUUGAUCGCAAGGACGCACACCCAGCCCACUGCCUAGCCAAACGGGCGUUGCAGUCCUCCUCUACAUUUCCAGCAGCACGGGGAAUUCCGUUUUGGACAGGAGCUACCACGGGCCAUUUCUUUUUGUUUAUUUAG